UCGGGGACAAUCACGUCAGACUGCUCUCAUCUCAACAGUCAAAAUGAAGGACAAAGAAAAUUCAGAUGGCUCUUAUGAGGGCACAUAUAACAAACUGAUUUCUCAAGAGGACGUCAGUGUAGAUGAGCACCCUCUCUACGCAAACCUAGAGAAGCACCAAGUGUCCAUGUCCAUGGUGAGACCUGAAUUCAGACCGAACCAUUACAGAGUGCUUGCAGUCAGCCUGGUUGUGCUUGCUGUCAUUCUCCUAAUUGUUGACAUUGGCCUGGGAGUCUACUAUAACAAACUUACUGGUGGGCACCAAACGAUAACGGACAUCAACAGUGAAGUGGCCAAACUGCAGGCUACUUACAACCUUGCAAUACAAAGGAGGGAUGAGGCUAAGAAGCAGUUGGCGGCUGAAGUCAGUGAGCAGCAACGUACCAAAUGGGAACUUGAACACCAGAACAGAAGAUGCAAAGACUACGAAAAUAAAGCUGACAAGAUUAAAACGGAAAUUGCAGGGCUGAAAUCCCACAUACCAAUGAUUGAGGAGGGCUGCAGACACUGUUUACCCGGAUGGACUUUCAUGAACUCACAGUGUUACUACUUCGCUUUCUCAGAAGCUAUUUCACGCAGAUCAUGGCUGGAAGCCAGACAGUUCUGCAAGAAACAAGGAGGCGACUUGGCAGUGAUAGACAGCACAGCGAAACAUAUGGCAGUGAGUGAAUUGCUAAAUAAUUAUCAUGACCCCUCGAGACCAAUAACCCAGAGUGGCUUCUGGAUCGGACUGAGAGAUGUAGAGGAGGAAGGGGUUUGGAAAUGGCUGGAUGGAAGAAGACUGGCUGAGGGGUACUGGAAUGAUGGAGAGCCCAACAACCUAAAUACUGAGGACUGCGCAGCUGCGUAUCCCAGAGCCAACCCCUUUAAGGCCUGGAAUGAUGCUCCAUGCUCUUAUAGCCUGAAAUGGAUUUGUGAAAUGGCACCAAGGUUUGAGAAUUAAUGUCUUUUUUUGUUUAAAAAAAUCACAUUUUUUGUUUAAUUGUCUGAAUGAAGAAUUAACUCCACCUUAGAGACUUUUACACAUCUUCUGAGUUGUUCUUUUUAUUGUCAUGUUGAUAUUUGUGGAGACUACAAAAUGGCAAGGAAGGCUGAAAUAUGAAAAAUAGAUCUGAUUUAUGAAACAAUCUAUAAAAUGUUAGUUUAUUAUUUUACUG